AUGUGUAAGAAGACACAGAAUGCAUAUUCACUGUGUGAGUACCUUUUAUCUUGUGGCAUCAAUGAUCCAGGGCCAGAGGAGCAUCCAGAAAAGGACAGCAGAGCCUCAGGUGCUCACCAGUGUCAAGGAAGGUAUGCGAAUAGCUUUGAUGCAAACUGUUCAUCUUCAUUACUGGCACCUUUUGUGUCAACUACUAGAGAGUUGCCGUCAUCAAGGAGCCCUCUCACUGGUCACUGCUGCGGCCCCUACGUGGACCAGCGUGUGUCCACAGCUCCUCCCUGAUUCCCCAUAGCACAACUGGGAACAUUUAAACAAAACUCUGCAGGAAAGGGAGGGAUACUCAAGGGGAAUUUGCUGCAGAAGGAAGCACCUACCACCUCUGAAAAUGAACAUCAUAUUCAUUUGUUCACAUUGCUGGUUCUCUUCCAUGUGACAGUGUUGCUGAGGAAUCAUAGCAGGAUACAAGGGGUUUCUGAAGACUGGAAAAAGGCAAACAGCAUAUUUUGAAACUUUCUCCGUUUGAAGCCAUCCAGGAACACAGCCGAAACACAAUAA